AUGUCCUUCGAGGACCUCGAGCGUGCCUUUGGUGCAGACUUUGCAGACCCCACGCCUUCCGUCGGGGAUUUCGGCGAAGCUCUGCGGGGCACCCAGACCGACCCGUUGCAAUUCGACUUUGACUCGAUUUUCUCGCCCCUAGAGUCGCCUAUUCGUCCCGAAACGGCAACGUCAGAUGGCGCAGUGCAUUUAAUCGACGAUGAAAGGUCCGGUUCAAGCUGCAAGCCCUCUGCGGGACCUGUGAAGAUGAGUCGGGCCGCGGUGCAGAUCUUGAAGCAAUGGUUCGACCAGCACGCGGACAAUCCAUACCCAAAGAAGCACGAGAAAGCGGCUCUUGUCGAAAGGACGGGAUUGAGCCUCACACAAGUGUCGACCUGGUUUGCGAAUGCUCGGAGACGGCAGAAGUAUCGGUCGGCGCGAGGGAGUGGUGGACUAACACUGCAGCGGCGCGAUUCACUGGAGAUAUUCAACACCGAGAGGGACAAUGGAAUGAUGAAUCCGCUUGAACGAUGGAGAAAUUCGCCCCCAGAGGCGGAGGCCGCGUCGCUCGACGAUAUCAUGAGCGCCGUGGUCAAAAGCAGAAGAUGCGACUAUGAGCCUGGGGUUUCCCCGCGAUCUACUCCGAAUGAUUCUCGGUCAAUCGCCUCCUCGAAUCGUUCGGGAUCCGGCAUUUCCAGCUCACCAUCAUCUGCUCAGAGCUUCGGAUCGCAUAGUUCGAACGGCUCGUUUACCCGUUUCUACGCCACUGAGCCACGGCGGCGGCGACGUCGAGGCAAACCAACCGCUGUCCGGGCAAAGGGCGGAGAGGGAAGGCCUUUUCAGUGCACAUUCUGUACAGACACGUUUCGUACAAAGUAUGAUUGGACACGGCACGAGAAGACGCUGCAUCUAUCUUUGGAAAGCUACACAUGCUGCCCAAGAGGACCAACAUAUACCGGACCAGACUCGAUCACGCGUUGUGUGUUCUGCGACCUUAUGAACCCUCCAGACACCCAUCUCGAAUCGCACGCCUACAGUCUCUGUCAAGCCAAGCCCAUAGUUCUUCGGACCUUCUACAGAAAGGAUCAUCUUGUGCAACAUCUGCGCCUCGUGCACUCUGUCAGUCGAUUUAUACCACUAAUGGAAAGCUGGAAGUCGCAGGUCGACCGAGUGGAAUCGAGAUGCGGAAUCUGCUCGCAGACAUUCGAACUGUGGUCAGAGAGAACUGAACAUCUAGCACAGCACUUUCGCGAAGGCGCAACCAUGAGAGACUGGCAAGGACACCGCGGCUUGGAACCGGCGGUGGCACUGGCCGUCGAAAAUGCCAUGCCACCAUAUCUCAUUGGGAUGGAAUCGGCGACAAUGGACCCGUUUAGUGCAACCCGCACAGCCAACGCCCACUGGAGCUUUAGAGGGAGCGUAGAUCAACCGGAUGCGCUACCAGGCACAGCAAAGCCGACUCCAUCUGAAUACUUUACUGCUCAGCUUACGGAGCGCAUUCGUCGAGCACAAGAGGCCAAUGAAACGAUCACUGAUGAUUUGAUACACACUGAAGCGCGGCAGAUCCUCUACGGUGAUGAUGAUCCCUGGAAUCAAACACCGGCCGAUAACGCCGAGUGGUUGAGGUUGUUUAAGCUCGGUCUAGGGCUCUUUCCUGAAGACCCACCGGCCAACGAAUGGUUCCCUGGACCGUAUGCGCGUGAAGAAACGGACUUUUUCCUUCCUUGGUCGGCUGAGGUCUGGAAACCCUGGGCUGGUCCGGGUGCACAACCAUCGACAGCGAAUGCUUCCGAGGCGUUGAUGGCUUGGCCGUGGCACAGCCCUGAGGCACUCGCAGAUUUUAGAAGAUUCUGUACGCAGGUCUUUUCUUCGGGCGCUCAGGAAGACAUCAUAGAUCUCGACAGCCGGGUCCUGGGACCGAGGGUUCUAACCAAUUACGAAAUCCAAGAAGGCGCUGCAGGGAUUUAUACAGAUGAAUAA